AUGGUGGUGGUGGAUGCACAAUUCAUUGAGCCAUAUACAGUUGAUCUUGCGGUUCAAAAGAAAUCUGGAGUGGCGAAUUUAAGUGGAAAUUUCACGAUUAUCGACGUCAAGGGAAACAUGAUGUUUAAGAUCAAGGACACACUGUUCAGUUUUCAUGAUCGUCAUAUAUUGUAUGAUGCAAACGACAAACCUGUUCUAACUUUCAAGAAAAAGCUCCGAUCUAUCCAUGGGAGAUGGCAAGCUUUCAAAGGAGAGAGCACAACAAAUAAAGAUUUACUUUUUAGUGUGAAGAAAUCAUCUGCACCUAAACAUGAGACGGAAUUAGAUGUUUUCCUAGUUGAAAACAAAGAAGAGACCGAAUGUGAUUGUAAGGUUAUCGGAGAUUGGGAUACAAAAUCUUGCACAAUCUAUGCACAAGAUGGUUCUACUGCUCUUGCUGAGGUGCAUGAUAAGCAAAAUAUUACGAACGUUGCGCAAGGAAAGGACACUUUUGGCAUAACAGUCUACCCAGAGGUAGAUUAUGUUUUUAUUGUUGCACUUGUGGUUAUUCUUACUGAAAUCAAAAGUUAUGAUGGUAUUGGAAAGAACAAGAAGAGAAAGAAAAAGAAAGAAAAGAAGAGCAGUGACAGUAGUGAUGAGGAUAAUAAAAAAGAAAACGCGAAGAUUGAUGAAGAAAGAAAUAAACCUGAGGUGAUAAAAGAACUAGAAGUAGAAAGUAGCGAGGAGGAAGACGAGGAAGAAGAAUAUGAGGAGGAAGACGAAGAAGAAGAAGAGGAAAACGAAGAAGAAAAAGAGGAGGAUGAAUAUGAAGAUGAAGACGAAGAACAUGAUAUGUCUAAUGAAGACGAUAACAACGAAAGUUACGAGGGGGAACCAAAAUUCGACGAGUAUUAUGACGACGACGGAAAUGACAGUAGUUCUAGUGAAGAUGAAAGUCCAAAGGAAAAGUAA